AUGUGUAAUUGGACCGGCAUUAGAUGCUCUCAUAAUCUGCAGCGAGUGGUUGCGUUAGAUCUCACAGAUAUGGAUCUACAGGGCGUCAUUUCUCCCGCGCUUGGGAAUCUCACGGCUCUGGUUGAACUGUAUCUCUCCUUUAACCAACUGCAUGGAAGUAUUCCUGAUGAGCUAGGCAAGUUGACAGGGUUGAAGUUUCUUUUGUUUCCUCAAAACUACUUUACAGGUACAAUUCCACCCUCUCUCAAAAAUCUGUCUAUCCUAAUGCACUUGGACUUGUCGGAAAAUAAUCUCCAUGGACCUAUUCCUCCUGAAAUAGGCAUGCUCAUCCAACUACGUUGUCUCUACCUCUAUGACAAUCAGUUCUCGGGCAAUAUUCCUUCCUCAAUAGGAAACUUGUCACAGCUGGUUGUUUUGCAAUUGCUAAGAAACAGUCUCACAGGUCCUAUCACUCCUGAAAUAGGGACUCUCACCAAACUACAAGAGCUCAAGCUCUUUCAAAAUCAGUUGUUAGGUUCUAUUUCCCCUGAAAUAGGGAGUCUCACCCAACUAAAGCAGCUCAAUCUCUUUGAAAAUCAGUUAUCAGGAAAUAUACCAAAUUCCUUAGGAAAUUGUUCUAAAAUGGAACUCCUUGAUUUAAGGAAAAAUCAACUCAGUGGAACUGUGCCCACCGAGUUGGGCAAUUUGGUCCUGGUUAAGAAAAUUAUAUUAGAGUACAAUCAGCUUGUUAGUAGCAGCAAUAUCCCUUUGCCUUUUCUCAUUGCUCUCACAAAUUGUUCCCAGCUAGAAUUUAUAAAAAUGUCGUACAAUAAUUUGAGCGGUGUUUUACCUCGAUCCAUAGGCCACCUUUCUUCAAAGCUCUCCAUCUUAGAUUUUGGGAACAACCAGAUAAGGGGUAACAUUCCUCAACAAAUUACAAAUCUUACCAACUUAACCUACUUGAACAUAAGAAACAAUCUUCUAAGCGGAUACCUGCCAUCUGGACUCAAAAGAUUCUAUAAGUUUGAAAGAUUGGAUUUGAGUGGCAAUAAUAUAGGAGGAGGCCUUCAAGAGGAAAUCGGCAAGAUGAAAAGUCUAGGGGAGUUGGAAGUUAGUUGGAACAAUCUAUCAGGAACAAUACCAGGCUCUCUUGGUAGACUUCAACAGCUGAGAAGACUUUUCUGCACCACAACUAUUUCUCAGGAGAGAUACCUUCUGGUUUGCAGAAAUGUCCAAACUUAG